AUGCUUAUUGGUAAUCCUAAGCAAAGACAACCAAUUAGUUUAAUUUUAUCAAAUCCAGUAAAUUAAUUAAUUAAUUAAUUAAUAAAAAUAUUUAACUUUAUUAAAAUUUAUUUUUUAAAUUAAGCUGAGUUUAUCAAUUGCAAACAAAAUGAAUUUUGUAUUUAACUCAAAGUGCUCUAUUUAAAAUAAUUGCACAUAUGCUAGACAUAAUUUACAGUAUGCGCAACACUUUUAUCAAGAAAGAAUUUCAACUAGUUUAUAAGUUAUAUAAACCAACUACACAAAUGUAACAUUAAUUUUAAUAAUUAUAUUUUUAUAAAAAAUUAAAUAAUUUAAUAAAAGAAUUUACUAGAAGGACAAAUAAUUUAAGGUGAUUUAGAUACAGAAUAAUUUUACCUAUUUAGAAAUGAUUCUCCAAUUUAAUUGCAGUUUAUUUCUAUUCGCAACUACACUUAAAAACAAUAUGUACUAUUCUAAAAAAUAUAUUUUUAUAUUAUUAAAUAAUUAAUUAAUUAUCCAUUAAUAUAGGUUGGAAACGGUGUUUUUAAUUUGCAAAAUGGUAAUUAAAACAGCAUUUUUUUGCAGGGUUAUCUUCAGAAAAAGUUUAUUUCUCCACUAUUUUAGUUCAAUCGUGGUAAUAAUUUAGAUGGAUUAAAGAUAAAUUACAAUUUUGCUAGAGAUUCUUCUUUUCCAGCACUAAAAACAUAUUCAGAUAAUAUUUGGGACGUGCAAAUGGUUGGAAUUUCUUUAGGAGGCCAAAAUAUGGAAGCAAUAGCUCAUUAUAGAACUUUUAUAAUACAGACAUAUGUUUAUUCAGCUAUUCCAAAAAAAAUUGCUAAAUAUUUAAAAAAUAAAUAUAAUGAAAAUUUUGAUAACGAAGAUGAUGCAUAUGUUUUGUUAGAUUGCUUUUAAUGUAACUGUGAAAAGAAUUUUCCUAAUUUAGAAAUAUUCACAACUGAAUAUAAGAUUACUAUCCCUAUUGAAGAAUUUACAUUUACAAAUACUUAAGGUUAAUGCGAAAUUAAUAUUUCAUAGUCAAAUUUACUAUUUGGUAUUAGAUAAAUACUUUUGAAUAAUGUUAUCUUUGAUCCACUACAAAGUGAACUUUAAUUUCCAGAAGCUGAACAAAUGUAGCAUCCAUCCAUAACUUACUUUUAGAUAAUAUUAAUAUAAUCAAAUGUUUGUAUAGCUAUACUUUUAGCUUUGUUGAUUCAAUACGAGAGAGUAUCAACAGAUUUAUAAUUGGAAACUAAGCAAUUUGAUAUUAAAAAAUAUAUCGAAUUAUAAAAUAUCGUUAAAUAAGUUAAAUAAAUUAAAGAAUAGGCAAAGUGA